GGGCGUUGGCGGCGGCGAGGCCGGCGGUUGGCGGUGGGCAGCGGAGCGGAGCGGCCAUGGCGGCGAGCACGGCUCGUUGUGCUCUGUGGAGAUGGUCGUGGCGAGCCGGUUCGCGGCGAUGGUACCGCACGGAGCGGGGGGUGUACGGCUACAAGCCGCGGAAAGCGGCGGGAGAGGGUUCGGCGGAGCCGCGUGGAGCUGGGGCGAACGGCAAAGCAGUUGACCAUGCCCUUGCUCGUUUAAUAACUGCGUACUCUGAACAUGGACACAAAGCAGCCAAAAUAAACCCACUGUUUGCUGGGCAAGCUGUUAUGAACGUGGUACCUGAAAUCCAAGAGUUGGCUGAAGUUCUUCAAGGACCUCUCAUUACCACAGGGCUUCUCAACAUGGGAAAAGAAGAGGCCUCCGUAGAGGAUGUGUUGGCUUACCUUGACCAUGUGUACUGCGGGCAUAUUUCCAUAGAAACAAGCCAGCUCCCAACCUUGGAGGAGAGACAGUGGUUUACUAAAAGAUUUGAAGAACUGAAACAAGAAGCAUUUACAACGGAAGAGAAAAAGCACUUGUGCAAACUGAUGUUGGAGUCACAGGAGUUUGAUCGCUUCUUAGCUACAAAGUUCUCUACAGUGAAGCGAUAUGGUGGUGAAGGAGCAGAGAGCAUGAUGGGCUUCUUCCACGAAUUGUUUAAGAUGUGUGCGUACAGUGGUGUGACAGAUAUCAUUCUUGGAAUGCCUCAUCGUGGAAGACUUAAUCUUCUCACAGGCUUGCUUCAGCUUCCACCAGAGCUCAUGUUCCGUAAGAUGCGUGGUUUGAGUGAGUUUCCAGAGAAUUCAGCAGCCAUUGGGGAUGUUCUCUCCCACCUGACAUCUUCUGUGGAUCUUGACUUUGGUUCGCACAGGCCUGUGCAUGUCACCUUGCUACCAAACCCCUCACACUUAGAAGCAAUCAAUCCAGUGGCCGUGGGCAAGACACGAGGAAGACAACAGUCUCUGCUCGAUGGAGAUUACUCCCCAGAGAGCUCUGCACAGCCUGGAGACAAAGUUAUUUGCCUGCAGGUAUUUUGGUCACAACUUGUAGCUGCACUUUGUAUGACUUCCCGGACCAUCAUGUGAACAGAAAUGGUGUAU